AUGGCCCAGCCAACACCACAGGGAAAGGGAUCGACCGAUGCACUACAAGGGAUACGCACUGGCAUGCUCCUUCAGCUCCGCUCUCCUCUUCCCCGAGAAGCACGAAACGAUUCUAGUUGGGAAGACUUGAAAAGAAAAUGGGCCCCUCCCAAUGUCGAGAGCUCGCAGUAUUUUAUGAGCGAGGACGGCCUGACAGCAUUCGGCAGGACUUUGGUCUCUGGCCGAAAUACAAAAGGAUACCGCUUCGUCAGCGGUGCGCACACGGACGUGACCAUGUCAUUGCUGACAGGCCUUGUAGCCGACGAGGUGGCCGCCGGUUUCAAGGACUGGUAUUACGGUCGUAUUCCACAAUGGUCGGAACUGGACGUACUACUUGGUCAGGAGAGCAGAGCUGGCAUCAAGCAAUGUAUCAAACAGCGAUGUUUUGUGAGAAAGUUUUGA